AUGGAAAGAAGAUAUUCCAGCGGACGCAAAUACCAGAGGAGUCUGAGUGAAGCUAGUGAUGCUGAUACGCCCAUUGCCAUGCCACUGCAGCAGGGGGGAGGGGACGAUGGGGAGUCGGAUAUUGGUGUGCCGAUCGCCUUUCCUAUGGAUCCCACACCUAAAAGACGAGUGGAGGGAGAAAGGGGUGCUGGUGCGGGUGGGGGUGAUGACAGUGGUGGGGAGGAGGAGGAGGAUGAGGAGGAGGGAGAGGAUGAGGAAGGGAGAGGGGGGCGUGCAAUGGAUGAGGAGAGUGAGCUGGAUGCACCCAUUGCAAUGCCGUUAGCCAUGAGAGGAGCAGGCGGGAGCAGGAGGAUUAGCGGCGACAGCAGCGGCGGCGGGAGUGGAGGUGGUGGUUGGUCGGGCAGCGGUGUUGCCGAUGCUAUCCGGGCCGGUGUGAUAGAUGAUGAUGGGAUGAGCGUUAUGUCUAGCGAGCUUGGCGCACCUAACGCCAUGCCUGUCGACGACAGCUUCGGCAGGACGCCCGAGGCUACGGACGAGGCCCGGCGGCGAGCGCCGAACCAAGGGGCUCCGGCUCAGGUUCGGGCUCUAGCCGCGGAAGGCCACCGAAGCGGAGGGCCAGGUUCGGCCCAUUCCUCCCCAAGGGGUGCAGGUCCGGGAUCGAGAGGCUCGUCAGUAGCGGGUUCGCCGAGGGAGAGAGGGAGACUGGAGGGGCAACGCUCAUCCUCUUUCAAGGUUCCUGCUCGGACCUCGAGCCUGCACUCCGAAGCAGCAGCGCAGGUUCGUCACAGCCCCGGGAAGGACACAGACCCAGCAGCAGCAGAUGGCGCACAGGUGGCGCGUGGCGGAUCCUUAUCCAGUCGCCAGGCUGGCAGCCAGGCUGGCAGCCGUGCGGGAAGCUCAGCUGGCAGUCCUAACAGCAGCGGGCGUCUUGGUGCUGCUGCUGGUGGUAGUGGUAGUGGGAGGGUGGCAGCAGGAGCAAGCAGCCUCGGUCCUGGUAGUGGUGCUUCCACCCCAACAGCUGGUUUUCUUGCUGCUUCACCUGGUGCUGCUGCAUCUGCUUCAGUCACUCCUCAUUCCAUCACACCGCUUUCAGUCACACCCAAUGGCGAAGGUGCUGGUUUUGAUGCUCCCGAGCCUGCAACACCAGUCGCCCAACCUUAUCCCGAACCUCCAACUCCCAUAGCCCAACCCGCCGCGUCUUAUGCCGAGCCUCAAACUCCCAUCGCCCAACCUGCCGGCGACUUUCCCGAACCACCAACCCCUAUUGCCCAACCUGCCGAUCGUUACGCCGAACCUCCAACACCCAUCGCCCAACCUGCCGAGCCUUAUGCCGAGGAGCCUCCAACUCCCAUCGCCCAACCUGCCGAGCCUUAUGACGAGCCUCCGACGCCGAUCGCCAAGCCUGUGUCCCCACCCAAGCCUGCUCCUGCUCCCGAACCUGUUCCCGAACCUGCUCCCAAGCCUGCUCCUGAACCUGCUCCUGCUCCGGUUAAAGCUCCUGCCCCUGCUGCUGCUUCUAGUUCGACCGGGAUUUCUGUUACAGCUGCUGAAUCGACUGUUUCAAGUGCUGCCAGUGACGCAGAGAGUGGGAGAUUGUGGGAAGACGAUGCAGCAGGGGCUAAGCGAUUGGCUGCUGCUGCUGGUGCAGGGAAGAAGAAAAAGAAAAAGUCAAGUUGGUUUAUGUGCUUUGGACCCCCUUCUGCUGUAGACAACUAG